CUGUGCCCCGUGGUGACAGCAACAUGAGUGAGGUCUCGGUCAUUAAGGAGGGGUGGCUGCACAAGCGAGGGGAAUACAUCAAAACCUGGAGGCCCCGCUACUUCCUCCUCAAAAGCGAUGGCUCUUUCAUUGGCUACAAAGAGAAGCCCGAAGCUGCGGAUCACAGCUCACCCCCUUUGAACAACUUCUCUGUUGCAGAAUGCCAGCUGAUGAAAGCCGAGCGACCUCGCCCCAACACCUUCAUCAUCCGCUGCUUGCAGUGGACGACGGUCAUUGAGCGGACGUUCCACGUGGACUCGCCAGAGGAAAGGGAAGAGUGGAUCCAGGCGAUUCAGAUGGUGGCCAACAGCUUAAAGAACCAGGAGGCGGAAGAGGAGGACAGAAUGGACUACAAGUGUGGCUCCCCCAGUGACAGUCCAGGGGCCGAGGAAAUGGAGGUGGCUGUGACCAAGGCCAGAACCAAGGCGACCAUGAGUGACUUUGACUACCUGAAACUCCUGGGAAAGGGCACUUUUGGGAAGGUCAUCCUCGUACGGGAAAAGGCCACGGGGCGCUACUAUGCCAUGAAGAUUCUGCGCAAAAAGGUCAUCAUUGCCAAGGAUGAAGUGGCCCACACAGUCACCGAGAGCCGAGUGCUGCAGAACACGAGGCACCCCUUUCUCACGGCCCUGAAAUACGCAUUCCAGACCAACGACCGCCUCUGCUUUGUGAUGGAAUAUGCCAACGGAGGGGAGCUGUUUUUCCACCUCUCGAGAGAACGCGUCUUCACGGAGGAGCGUGCCCGCUUCUAUGGGGCUGAGAUCGUUUCUGCUCUGGAGUAUCUCCACUCUCGGGACGUCGUCUACCGUGACAUCAAGCUGGAGAACCUCAUGCUGGAUAAAGAUGGGCACAUCAAGAUCACGGACUUUGGGCUGUGCAAGGAAGGCGUCUCCGAUGGUGCCACCAUGAAGACCUUCUGUGGGACACCAGAGUACCUGGCCCCAGAGGUGCUGGAGGACAACGAUUACGGGCGGGCCGUGGACUGGUGGGGCCUGGGGGUGGUCAUGUACGAGAUGAUGUGUGGCCGGCUACCCUUCUACAGCCAGGACCACGAGCGCCUCUUUGAGCUCAUCCUCAUGGAGGACAUCCGCUUCCCGCGCACCCUCAGCCCUGACGCCAAGGCCCUGCUGGCCGGCCUGCUCAAGAAGGACCCCAAGCAGAGGCUGGGGGGCGGCCCCAAUGAUGCCAAGGAGGUAAUGGAGCAUCGGUUCUUUGCUGCCGUUAACUGGCAAGAUGUGGUUCAGAAAAAGCUCAUCCCCCCUUUCAAGCCCCAGGUGACAUCCGAAAUAGACACGCGGUACUUUGAUGACGAGUUCACAGCCCAGUCCAUCACCAUUACGCCACCAGACCGAUACGACUGCGUCGACCCCCUGGAUGCCGACCAGCGGACCCACUUCCCUCAGUUCUCCUACUCUGCCAGCAUUCGGGAGUAGGGCUGCAGCGCCUGCCUGAGAGAGCGUGGGGCCGGCCAGACCCAGGACUCGGGGUGGUUCCCACUU